ACUGACUGCCCCCUGAAGUGUCUCCAUCUAAAGUCAAAGACCUUCCUGAAUACCUCUUAGAUCGAAGUGAUCCGGUGACCUCGCUUUCUCUCUGAGGAUGCUGACAUAUCUCCGGCCCGCGUCCUUAUUUCUUCUCUCGUGGGGGUUCCUCACCAUCCAGAAUGCCACUUCAGUCAUCUUCAAGUCCAGCAUUUGGGACGACAACCCGAUUGAAGAACCCUGGCUUCCAAGUGGUACGCUUCUCGAGGCCUAUUCAGCAUCUCGGCUCAUGAAGGCUAAACCCGCGGCUGAGUGGAAACGGUUAUGGGAGGACUCACACCUUCGAGCACUUUCCAAGUUGAGGGCAGAGCAAUCAGGGAGUCAAGUUCCACUUUCUGCUUUAAAUCCCACCACCUUGAAUCACUGGCGAGAUGUCCCACAGAACUCACCAACAGACGCACGGCAACAUCCGCACCACCAAGAGCAACUUUCGACCUCCUUUCCAAGCUCCCCAAUCAUUCUUGAGAUCCCUUCCGGCUCCCCAUUCAAUUCAGAAAUCCCUUCCGGUUCCCCUUCCAAUUUUGAAAGCCCUUCCGGCUCCCCAUUCACUUUUGAAAGCCCUCCCGUCCAGAAUUUAAUCGGGCCGACCGUGGUGCCCCAGAAUCAGGUAGGCCUUCAGCACCAACUAGAGGCUCAACCCCCACUUCCCGCCAAAACACCAAUCAAUGAGAUAACAGAGGAAAACCUGAGGUUGGAGGGAAGCGAACAUGCAGUCCACCGUGGUACCCCAGAAUCAAGCAAGUAUUCACCAUCAACUGGAGACCCAACCCCCACUUUCCCCGGGAAUUCAACAUCGAGAUGGAAAAUUUCAGAGAAAAGCUCCGAGCAGAUGAGAUCAAAGCCAAUAUCAAUCCUGAAACCAAACCUCACUCAACUCUACCGAUUGGAAUAA